UUUACUUUCAGACUCAACCAUUCCUUAAUGGUUAAGCAUGCAAGAAGAUUCAACCUUGGUAAGAACUCUCUUGUAUAUAUAUAUACACUAGCGGGUGAAGAUCAAAAUUACUCUUUCUCUCUCUCUCUCUCCGGACUCUUUAUGCCCCCACAGAUUCUGCUAUUGCUGAAGAAGACGCUUAAUGGAAGAAAUUGGAACCAGUUCCUCACCAAUUCCUCCUUCCUCUGCUUCUCCUCCGCAUCUCGAUGAAGAUUAUCCCAAGGAUGUGCUGAACAGUAUUCACCCUCCAAGGCCAGAUUGGUAUGAGGAAUUAUUUGCAUUUGUCAUGGCUAAGGGCAGUAAAGCAUAUGAGGCACAGGCUGCACGUUUUAAGACUCAGAUCUUUACAAAUUUGAGGGGAAAGGAUAAGACAGUGUUGGAGCUUGGCAUUGGGACAGGUCCUAAUCUCAAAUAUUAUGCCAGCGAUAACGGUGUUCGUGUUUUUGGCAUAGAUCCCAACAAAAAGAUGGAGAAGUAUGCACAGGCAGCUGCAGCAGCUGCUGGCCUACCUCCGGAAAAUUUUAAAUUCAUACACGCGGUUGCGGAGGUUUUGCCAUUAAGUGAUGCUUCCGUUGAUGCAGUUGUCGGAACGGUUGUACUGUGUUCUGUAAAAGACAUUAAUAAGACGCUGAAAGAGGUGAUGCGGGUGCUUAAACCGGGUGGUCUUUUCUUAUUUGUGGAGCAUGUGGCUGCAGAAGAUGGUACGAUUCUCAAAUUUCUACAGGGCAUUCUUGAUCCACUUCAACAGUGUGUCUCUGAUGGGUGUCACCUUACAAGAAAAACGGGAAAGUGUAUAUCUGAAGCAGGGUUUUCUGCCGUCGACAUAAACACGGCUUUCGUGUCUGUUGCCUGUAUUCUAUUCCCUCUCGUUUAUGGAAUUGCUUUCAAGUAGAAUAAAAUGACAAAAAUGGUGUAAUUCAUAGUAACUUGCAGUUUGGUGAUGCUGAACAUAUGUUGUGGCAUUUGAUUGUCAAUUCAAGAGAAUGUGCUAAUGCAUGUACUAAUGCAAUCCCUAAGCAAAUGGAGGAUCUUUGGAGUAUUUCAUUCAGUAUUUCAUUCAAUAUUUUAUUUUUGUUGGUCAAGAUUGGAUCUUUUUUUUGCCUUGCAUGAGGAAAGUUCAUCCCUUACCAGGCUCAUCGCCAAGUAUUUUCGUGCAAUGCACUUACAAUGAUCUGAGUUACACAAUAAUCAUGUGGGCUCGCUUAUGUGUGAUUUAUGAUUUGAGGUUGGUCGGGGUAUGUUGAUGAUGUGAUUGAGUGUUUUAGGAACUUAGGCCAUGUUUGAUUGAUUGAUUUGGUUGGGUAGAAUUUGAGUAUGAUGAAUUGAGUAAUGGAAUUACUAGAGUGGUGGUUUUAGGACAGAGAUGUAAGAUAAG